CUAGGGUCCGGUUUGUAAAGUUUCAGGAUUUCAAAUCUCUGCCUCUGCUUUCAGAACUUUCAGUUUUACCACAGGCUUUUCGUUCCAGCUUCGUGGAGCAAAUUUUUCUGCCCUUCCGAAGAAGAAACCUUCACGAAAUACAUAUUCCUGUGCUAUACCGACAAAAGGAUGGGUGAUGGCGACUGUACCAAGGUGCAGAUGGCAUCUUUCAGAGUAGCCGGAUUCUCUGACGUCCUUGACUGGAGGCCCAUGCUGUUUCAAGAGCCCAUCAUCGCACAGAGAGCAUGUGCGCUUUGUGGCGUCUUAUACAAAAAUGCUGUCAGGCUCCCUUGUGUCCACACGCUGUGUGUGAAGUGUCACGCACAGUGCAUCGAUGAAGGAGGUGCAUGUCCUGUGGACCAGCAAACGUUCUCCGAAGAUGAUGUCGAGCCGCUGGAAGUCUCCCUCAAGUACAUCCUGAACCGUAAAGUUGCCUGCUGGAAUGCGCCUAGAGGCUGCAGCUUCAUCAGCCCCGUAGCCUGCCUUUUGGACCACUACAAAGAAUGCGAGUUCAGCACUCUGUCUUGCUGCCUUUGUUCCUCGUCGGUGCUGCAGAGCAACAUUCUGGAGCACUUCAAGGUUGGCUGUAGCCGAGACACGUGUGAGUCUGCCGACGACCAUUCCACACAAGAUCUCCAGAUCAUCAGCAAUGCUUGUCUUGAGAUGAGGAAAGCCAUGGGGAACAUCUCUGAGAACCUCAUGUUGCUGCAAACCAGCCUGAACCAGUGCGGUGAAGAUGCUGGAGCUGAGGGUACAAAAUGCAAGGGCCAAUGGAGGGCUGAAGCUUCUAGGCUUACUGAACAGCUCAAAGACCUUAGCUUAGUGUGUACCACCGGCUUUGCGAAGGAACUGGAGGUUCUCCAGGCAGCAGUGACCGACUACAAAGAUCAUGUUAGCAAGGAGUUGCAAUUGCAAAGAGCCAAGUUGUCUGUAGUUCUAAGACCUAAGACGGUACAUUGGUACAUUGAGAAAUGGGCAGAACUGAAGAAGCAAGCAGUGCAAGCUGGGUACAAGGACUUUUAUAGUCCCAUAAGGACCGUACAUGGCUAUAAUGUCUCCCAAUGCAUUGUGCUUCAACCAGAAGACAACCAGCUGCGGUUCGGCUGUUACAUGCAUUUAAAUCCCGGGGAACAUGAUGUGGGGCUGGAAUGGCCCUUCUGUAAUGUGUACACAAUCGGCGUCAUUCACCCCAAGGAUCAAUCAGAUGUGAUUUCCUUCAAGGUAAAUGCUGGUUGGUAUGAGGAUGAACCAUGCUUUCAUGAGCCAAAAGGAAAUAGAGGCUUCGGAAGACCACGCCUGUCUACUGCAGAAAAGCUAGAGGAGGAUGGGUUUGUUCAAAACGACAAGCUGCACUUGUUUUUGGAAAUUGAACCUUGA